AUGAAUGGUACGGCCAUGUCUGAAACCGUGGUGAGCUGCUUGAGAAAACUCGAUGUGGAUCUGUCUCGGAUAGGAACUAUAGUAGCGAAUGAGAUUCGGCCUUUGCAAGAAUUGGCACUUUAUCUUCGUACAAAAUUUGUUCCGUGCGCGGCAAAUACCAUGAGCCUUGUUGUUGGAGAAACACUCAGUACGGAGCCAUGUGCUUCAACAAUCGGAAGGCUGCGUUUUUUGAUAUCAGAAUUCCAAAGAAACAAGGGCGCGAAAAUGCAUUUGAGAAGUCGCCAGAGGGAGUGCAAACUACUUGAAGUAACUCCAAAUGUCGACACACCAGAUCGAUGGAUCACUACUUAUAGCAUGAUCUGUGAUUUUCUGGUUACCUUGCCAGUAUUCACUGAGCUAAUGGCAAGGAUGAAUUUACCACAGCUGCAGGAGGGCGAUAUACAUUUUCUGGAAGCGCUCAGGACAUUUUUGGAGCCGUUUUACUCACUUACCAAGCAGGUCUGCGCGAGAGAUGCGACUGCGUCGGUAUUCCUUGCUGUUGGACGAAUACUCAUCACGACGACUGAGAAGUAAGU